AUGAGUAACGCAGAAGACAGCGGGAGCAAGUGCUCGUCGGGCCCAAUCUCCAGCUUCACCAUCCAGUCUAUUCUAGGCACGCCGUCCGAUGCGCCGCGCUCCGGGACCAAAGAGCUCUCCAAGGGGCCACUGCCGCCGCCGCCGCCGCGGAGGCGCUCGCUGUCGGUGUCCUCCGAGGAGGAGUGCAGCGGCGGGGAGGACUCGGCGGACUGCUUCUGCUCCGACACGGGUCACAGCGAGCCAUGCGCCCAGCACCAAGCGCACAACUUCUCGUGUCUAGGUCCCGCUAAAGGACUUAUGCCUGGGAAUGAAGGGCUCGCGCGGCGGCCGCACCUCCCGCAGCCUCUGCUGCAGGACUACAAGGAGGAGCAGGAGAGACCGUGCCACCAGAUGUCACCUCUGUCGGAGGAGCGGCAGGCGGAAGGCGCGGACAAGCAGGGCAACUCGGCCAAGAAGAAGACGCGCACGGUUUUCUCCCGGAGUCAGGUGUACCAGCUGGAGUCCACCUUCGACAUGAAGCGGUACCUGAGCAGCUCGGAGCGGGCCUGCUUGGCCUCCAGCCUGCAGCUGACGGAGACUCAGGUCAAGACGUGGUUUCAGAACAGGAGGAACAAAUGGAAACGGCAGCUCUCGGCUGAACUGGAGGCGGCCAACAUGGCCCACGCCUCCGCACAGACACUAGUCGGGAUGCCGCUGGUUUUCAGAGAUAACUCCUUACUGCGCGUUCCAGUUCCGCGGUCUAUCGCCUUUCCGACGCCCCUGUAUUACCCGGGGAGCAACCUGCCAGCGUUACCUUUAUACAACCUGUACAACAAGAUUGAGUAUUGA